GUGUGUGUGUGUGUGACAGCGUUCCCUCAGUGCGUAGCGGAGAGACAGGUCUGCGCGCUGACACUCACUCCAGCGGGCUGAUGCGCUCUGGAGCUGCGAGCAGGACCCUCUGGGAGACGUUUGUCGCUCAAACUGCCGGAGAUGCUUUGAAGACCCGGAUCUCUGUGCUACACGUGUUGAAUCGCAUACCUGCGUAUCCCUCUGCAUCUUAGAUCACUCCAAACACUCGCGCGUUCGUGCACACCAUGGAUGCUCUGGCCAACGACACGGACGGGCUGGAGAACUCCUUGAAGUACUCCAAGUGCGACCAGACGGAGAAGAUGUGGAUUAGGCUGAAAGGAAUGCAGAAGUACAAAAGCACAUCUCAAAGAUUGAGAUGUCUGGUGAAGCAGCUGGAUAAGGGGGAGGUGAACGUCGUAGAUCUGAGGAAAAACAUCGAAUAUGCCGCGUCGGUUCUGGAAGCAGUGUACAUUGACGAAACUAGGCGGCUUCUGGACACAGAGGAUGAGCUCAGUGAUAUCCAGGCAGACUCUGUGCCCAUGGAGGUGCGAGAUUGGCUGGCCUCCACCUUCACCAGGAAGAUGGGAGUGGUGCGCAGACGGCCGGAAGAAAAGCCCCGGUUCCGCAGCAUCGUUCACGCCGUUCAGGCUGGGAUCUUUGUUGAACGAAUGUACAGAAGAACAUCCAACAUGGCAGGGUUGACCUAUCCACCAUCUGUGAUUACUGCUCUAAAGGAUGUUGAUAAAUGGUCAUUUGACGUCUUCACGCUUCAAGAGGCGAGUAGUGAACACGCUCUGAAGUUCCUGGUGUAUGAACUUCUCACCAGAUAUGACCUGAUCAGCCGCUUCAGAAUACCAGUGUCCUCCUUGGUGUCAUUUGUGGAAGCUCUGGAAAUCGGCUACAGCAAGCACAGAAACCCUUAUCACAAUCUGAUCCACGCUGCCGAUGUCACGCAGACAGCACACUAUCUGAUGCUACACACUGGCAUUAUGCACUGGCUCACUGAACUGGAAAUAUUGGCCAUGGUGUUUGCCGCUGCUAUCCACGACUUUGAACACACUGGAACCACCAAUAACUUCCACAUCCAGACCAGAUCGGAAGUAGCCAUCCUCUACAACGAUCGCUCGGUUCUGGAAAACCACCACGUGAGCGCAGCCUACAGACUCAUGCAGGAAGAUGAGAUGAACAUCCUGGUCAACCUCUCCAAGGAUGACUGGAGAGAGCUGCGUACGCUGGUGAUCGAGAUGGUCAUGAGCACAGAUAUGUCCUGCCAUUUCCAGCAGAUCAAGACGAUGAGGAACACUCUGCAGCAGCCCGAGGGAAUAGACAAGGCUAAAGCGCUGUCCCUGAUGCCUGCGGCUGAUAUCAGCCAUCCCGCUAAGGGCUGGAAACUGCACUACCGCUGGACACAAGCGCUCAUGGAGGAGUUCUUCAGACAGGGUGACAAGGAGGCAGAACUAGGGCUGCCAUUCUCUCCACUGUGUGACCGGAAAGCUACCAUGAUUGCCCAGUCUCAGAUAGGGUUCAUCGAUUUCAUCGUGGAGCCUACGUUCUCUGUUCUGGUCGACACGACAGAGAAGAUCAUUAGUCCUCUCAUAGAGGAAGCUGUCAAAUCUGGGGGUGUGCGCAGGUCAAGUUUGACAGGUCGGGGCUCGGCUGCGGUGGUGGAGUCAGUGCAGAGACACAGCGGUCGGGGUUCGAAUGACGAGCAGGGGGGCACUACAGAUUACUCACUGUGCGGCAUCGACCUAAAACGAGUCCGACACCUGCUCUCUGAGAUCAUCCAGAACAACAAGGAGCGCUGGAAAGAGCUGUCUGUGCAAGAGUUGGCCAACAAACAACACGAGAGAAUGUCAGACCUGGAAGAGGAGCCCAUGAGGAACACACAAGUCACACUGUCCCGCAGCAGUCCAGCCAGAGGGAGUCACGACUCAGAGUCCAAGUCCCUGAACGAACUCAACAAUACGGACUCCACUCACUCUUCCCAGGACUCUCUGGACCAGAGCUCCCAGUCCCCGACGGAGGGGCCCGGCGAAGGCUCCCCAGAGGAGCACAGCUCAGAAACUCUGCCUUGGAAUGGCAAAAGCGCCUAACGUCACACAGACGCAGCCAAGCCUGAAUGUUUUUAAUCACAAACAGGACGAUGUACAUAGCAUUGUCCUCAUUGUAUUGUAAUGCUAUUAUACUCUCGGGCUCGGAGGGCUAAUUGUGCGGACGGAUGCGCCGAACGUCCACGCAGCGCGUCGUAGAGACGGUAGUGUGCGGUGUUGUCAUUGCGACUGUGUUAUUGCCGGAGAUAGACCUCUAUCGUCCCCUUGAGGAGGAUUUAGCGAGCCCCUGAAACGCAACGCUACCUAUUCGCUUCCCGGGCUUUAUUCAUGUUGGUUCUAUUACGAUUUACGUUUUUCUUUUCUCUCUCUUUUUUGGUUUUGUUUGUAGACUGUCAUUAUUUAUUAAAGAUUAAAGAAACGUGACACUUUUUUAAAAAAAAUAGGCUCAUUUU